GCCAGUCUGUGCACCCAAUGUUGCCAUUAAACAGUCAUGGCGGCGCGUGACCGCGUUCCAUGAGCGCGCCGCGUCACAGUCCCGCGUGUCCUGCAACAUUGACCUCAGCAGCAUCUCACUUUCCGAGUUUUGCUGUCCAUCGCCCCUCCAGUUAUGGCAUGACCGCAUCCACCCGACCUCCUCCGCCAGUCACCAAGGAACCAUCUUUUGGCAACCAAGCCGAGCUCAACACUCGCCAUGUACGCCAUAAUGCCCCAAACCCCUCCACCACGCCCCUUCGGCCGCGGCCAAGGCAACGCUCACCACUACCGACCGACUAUCUCCUCGCCGCUCUCGUCCUCCCCAAUCCGCGCGUCCUCGCUGUCCCCCUCGCCACCACCACCGCAGCAUUCAACCUCGCUCCCGCUCCCGCUCUCGCCAUGCAACCAAAACGCCCUCAACGCCCUGCCUCGCCCGCACCCGCACCCGCGCGCAACGCGCGCAACGCAGUCCUCGCCCAUCCCGGCGGCGGCGCCCUCCUCCUCCAUGUUCGGCAGCAGUCCCAGCUGCGACGGCAGCAAUAGAAAUUACAGCCCCAACACCAGCGCCAGCAGCGCCAGCAGCAGCAGCAGCAAAUUCCGCUUCGCCUCCCGCAACCCGCGGCCCAACCCGGUGCUCAAGCGCCGCGAGGACGCGCAGGACAGCCGCCGGCGGCUGUUCCUCCAGAACGUGCGGCAGCGGCAGGAGGAUAGGAGGUGGGAGAUGCGCGGCGGGGAGGAUGAGGUAUGUCUUUUCGUUUCCUUUGGUAAUAGGGUGUAUUGCUAACUACGUCCGAUCGGUACCACAGCUCCUCAGACUCGAGUGGUUGCGCCUCAACCGCGAGCGCCGGCAGGCGCGGGAGGCCGAGCUCGCGCGGUACCAGUACCCGAUCCAGCGGGGCGGGGCGGUGGACGCGGACGUGGUGGCGCGGGAUGAGGAGGAGCUGCGGCGGCAGCGGCGGGAGCAGGACGGGUCCGGCCCGGACGCGGAUGCGCUGAUGGCCGACGCGAUCGCGCAGCAGGAGGCCGCCGAGGUCGAUGCACUUGUGUCGGCGUUGGAGGUUGAGUCUCAGGGGCAAACGCCAGCGCAGGCGCAGGCGCCGGGCCUGGG